GACGUGGGAGACACUCGUCAAGACACUCAGAGACUGCGACCUCUCAGCUCUGGCUGACGAGGUUCACCAGAAACUGCCGUCAUCUCACUCCUGAUCUCGUGUACACCUCACCCUUGACCUCUCUCUCUCUCUCUCUUCGACAAUGUUUGUAGCUUCACUGCAUUUCAUUUGCAGCUAGCAUUGAGCGUCAAAUAGCCUUCGCGUUUUUUUUGCCAUUUCACGAGAAUGCCGGGUUUUUUGUGCACGUUUAUCGAUUACGUCAAGGAGCCCGUGAGUGUUUUGCCGUUGGAAGCAGCCUACAAGUUUUCCCCCCAUUUCUCAGGUUAUCCCCACGGUCACCCGGACUGCGCCAACUACGAUGAGGAUAUUCAACAUCUGAAGGAGAAGGUGGACGCGGGCGCAGAUUUCAUCAUCACGCAGCUGUUCUUCGAGGCCUCAACUUUCAUCAAGUUCUACCAUGACUGCAGGAGGAUUGGGAUUACUGUUCCCAUCAUGCCAGGAAUACUGCCCAUU